AUGGUUCGUAAACGCCAAACAGCCGCAACAGCAGUAGCUUCUGAACCUGGAACCUCUCCUCCUUCUUCUCUGAAGGGCAAAUCAGCUUCUACAAUGCCAAUGCCUAGUAAUUGGAGUCUACGGUCGCAAUGGAUGUUCUUUGCUGUUGCUAGCGGUGCUUGUGCAGCGUUCAAUGGUGUCUUUGCCAAAUUGACAACGACACAACUUACCACGAAUCUAUCCAAUGGUAUUGCUAGCCUCAUCGGCCUCUCUUCUCAUAAGGAUAUUAUCGAAUAUCUAGUUCGAGGUAUGUGGACACUCUUCACAAAAGCUCUUGCACGCGGCACAUCUACUACACAGGUAUCCAUCCUGAACACUUCAACCAACUUUAUGGUCACUGCUGUUCUGGGCGCUUUAAUCUUCUCAGAGGUUCUACCGCCGCUGUGGUGGGCUGGUGCCGCACUCCUUGUUGCAGGAAAUGUUAUUGUAGGACGAAAGGAUGAGACUAAGGAUGCUGGUGCUGCUGCCGUGGCUGAGGGGCCAAGUUAUGUACCCAUUCCAACUGAAGAUGAAGAAGAGCAGAGGAGGGAUGAAGACGAAGACGAAGAUAUCAUUGAUUUGGGACGAGUGUCAGACGAGAGGACACGAUAG